AGGGGAUACUCGGCUGCUGCAGGAUUGAAACGAUCGGAUAUUGAAGAAAGAGUGAUUGAUGUUAUGAAGAGUUUUGAGAAGGUUGAGACUGAUAAGUUAACCCCCACAGCGACUUUCACUUCCGAUCUCGGACUUGAUUCUCUCGAUUCUGUAGAAGUAGUCAUGGCUAUCGAAGAAGAAUUCGGGAUUGAAAUCCCGGAUGAUGAAGCUGAUAAGAUUACGACC